UCCCGGAAGUGGCCGGACCAAAGCUCAGGCCGACCGCUCGUCCGUCAGCUGGUGGGUCCGCCAGUGAGCCAGCCCGGUACCCCGCGGUCCCCGGCCUCGUCGCUGCCCCGCAGUUUAUUGGGCCGGAGCGGCGACCGAGGUGCUCGCCAUGUCUUCGUUCAUCUCGGUGCAGCUGAAAAAGACCUCGGAGGUGGACCUGGCCAAGCCGCUGGUGAAGUUCAUCCAGCAGACCUACCCGAGCGGCGGGGAGGAGCAGGCCCAGUACUGCCGGGCGGCGGAGGAGCUCAGCAAGCUGCGCCGCGCCGCCCUCGGCCGCCCGCUGGACAAACACGAGGGCGCGCUGGAGACGCUGCUGAGAUACUAUGAUCAGGUCUGCUCCAUUGAACCCAAGUUCCCAUUUUCUGAAAAUCAAAUCUGCUUGACAUUUACUUGGAAGGAUGCUUUUGAUAAAGGCUCCCUAUUUGGAGGAUCUGUAAAGUUGGCUCUUGCAAGCUUAGGAUAUGAAAAGAGCUGUGUGUUGUUCAAUUGUGCAGCCUUAGCUAGCCAGAUUGCAGCAGAACAGAACCUGGAUAAUGAUGAAGGAUUGAAAAUCGCUGCUAAGCAUUACCAGUUUGCUAGUGGUGCCUUUUUACAUAUUAAAGAGACGGUUUUAUCUGCCUUAAAUCGAGAGCCAACUGUGGACAUAUCCCCAGACACUGUUGGGACCCUCAGCCUUGUUAUGCUGGCACAGGCCCAAGAAGUAUUUUUUUUAAAGGCCACAAGAGACAAAAUGAAAGAUGCCAUCAUAGCUAAAUUGGCUAAUCAGGCUGCAGAUUAUUUUGGUGAUGCUUUCAAGCAGUGUCAAUAUAAAGAUAUUUUCCCCAAGUAUUUUUAUUUCCAGGAGGUGUUCCCAAUCUUGGCUGCCAAGCACUGUAUCAUGCAGGCCUAUGCUGAGUACCAUCAGUCUGUCCUGGCAAAACAGCAAAAGAAAUUUGGAGAAGAGAUUGCAAGACUACAGCAUGCAGCAGAACUGAUUAAAACAGUGGCAGCUCGCUAUGAUGAAUAUGUCAAUGUGAAGGAUUUUUCUGACAAAAUCAGCCGUGCCCUUACUGCAGCAAAGAAGGAUAAUGACUUCAUAUACCAUGAUCGAGUUCCAGACCUCAAAGACCUAGACCCUAUUGGCAAAGCCACACUUGUGAAAUCUACUCCAAUCAAUGUACCCAUUAGCCAGAAAUUCACUGAUCUGUUUGAGAAGAUGGUUCCUGUGUCAGUGCAGCAGUCCCUGGCGGCCUGCAAUCAGCGGAAAGCUGAGUUGGUGAACAGACUGAUUGCCCAAAUGAGAGAGGCUACCACUUUGGCAAAUGGGGUGCUAGCUUCCCUUAAUCUUCCAGCAGCAAUUGAAGAUAUAUCUGGAGAUACCGUACCUCAGUCUAUACUGACUAAGUCUGCGUCUGUGAUAGGACAGGGAGGCAUCCAGACUGUAGAUCAGUUGAUCAAAGAGCUACCUGAACUACUCCAGAGAAAUAGAGAAAUCCUUGAUGAGUCACUAAGAUUGUUGGAUGAAGAAGAAGCAACUGACAAUGAUUUAAGAGCAAAAUUCAAAGAACGCUGGCAAAGGACAGCAUCCAAUGAACUCUACAAGCCUUUAAGAGCAGAGGGAGCCAACUUCAGAGCAGUUUUGGAUAAAGCUGUGCAGGCAGAUGCACAGGUGAAAGAGCGUUACCAGUCUCACCGCGACACCAUUGCCCUUUUGUGUAAGCCGGAGCCUGAGCUGAACGCUGCCAUCCCUUCUGCCAACCCGGCGAAGACCAUGCAGGGCAGCGAGGUUGUAAAUGUAUUAAAAUCCUUGUUGGCGAAUCUUGAUGAGGUAAAAAAGGAAAGAGAGGGUCUCGAGAGUGACCUGAAGUCAGUGAAUUUUGACAUGACGAGCAAAUUUUUGACUGCUCUGGCUCAAGAUGGUGUGAUAAACGAGGAAGCUCUCUCUGUUACCGAACUGGAUCGGAUCUAUGGGGGCCUUACGACUAAAGUCCAGGAGUCUCUGAAGAAACAAGAAGGGCUUCUUCAAAAUAUUCAGGUCUCACACCAGGAAUUUUCGAAAAUGAAACAAUCUAACAAUGAAGCUAACUUAAGAGAAGAAGUUUUGAAGAAUUUGGCUACUGCAUAUGACAACUUUGUUGAGCUUGUAGCUAAUUUGGAGGAGGGCACAAAGUUUUACAACGAGCUGACUGAAAUCCUGGUCAAGUUCCAGAACAAAUGCAGUGACAUAGUGUUUGCACGGAAAACAGAAAGAGAUGAACUCUUAAAGGACUUGCAACAAAGCAUUGCCAGAGAACCUAGUGCUCCUUCAAUUCCUACACCUGCGUACCAGACCUCUCCAGCGGGGGGGCACGCCCCCACUCCUCCGACUCCAGCACCGAGGACCAUGGCGACGACUAAACCCCAGCCCCCAGCCCGGCCUCCACCUCCUGUGCUUCCAGCCAACCGAGCUGCCUCUGCCACAGCUUCAGCCCCAGCGGGGACGGGAACUGCUGCGCCCGCUCCAGCGCCGACUCCUGGUUCAGCCCCCCUUCCGCAGGCCCAGGGGCCCCCCUACCCCACCUAUCCAGGAUACCCCGGGUAUUGCCAAAUGCCCAUGCCCAUGGGCUAUAAUCCUUACGCGUACGGCCAGUACAACAUGCCAUAUCCGCCACUGUAUCAUCAGAGCCCGGGACAGGCUCCGUACCCGGGACCCCCGCAGCCUUCAUACCCCUUCCCUCAGCCCCCACAGCAGUCUUACUACCCACAGCAGUAAUCUGUCAGCUCAGACGCUCAGCUGGUUCAGUCAGAAGGGAAAGAAUACCAGUCCUGCAAUAAGUGUACUAAACUCCGCGCUCCGGUUAAUCUAACGCACUCUGCCGCACUGAAAGCAGUGUACCGCGUUUGUCUGCGGCCAGACGCUGGGAGCUGUUCAGUGCCCCACCCCACACUCGACUGCACACGGGAGGCUGGCUGCCGGUGCAGCGUGAACGCUGCUGGGCAGAACGGGGUUUGAGAUAAGUUAUAUUCCAGUUCACAAAAGUUGGAAACGAGAAAUUAAACCCACAGGCGAACCUUGGAAAUGAUUAUACUUACGUCUACAUGAGAUGUGAUUGGGACGUCAGAUACUUAGAAUGGUUUAAGUACUGAUACUCAAGUAAACCAAGUUUUCUUUCUCUUUCGGUUUAUUGAUUUGGUUUAAUUUCCAUUAUGCUAUUUUGCAUAAUCAAAGCAUUGUAAUCUUAUAAUUUAAAAAUAAAUUACUUAAGAACAGUUGUUAUUGUUAUGUUUUGUCAUUGAUUCUCAUUACUGUCUAAUUUCUUUCUGGUAUUAGUUUCAUUUUAUAUGUACAUGAGUUAAACAGGUACUGUGUUUAAGUGCAUGGUUAGUGCAGGUUAAUAGUCAGGUUCAAGUACGUUUUAUAGGAAAACCAAAAGAAUAGUAUCAUAAUUCAUCUUUCGUGUGCUGAUUAGUAAAUUAAUUUUGAAAAGUCCUAUAAUAUGGAAGGAACACAAUUGGUACCAAAGAUGCUUCAAAGAAAUAUACAAAUAAUCAUGUAUAUUUAAUGUUUUAUUAGUUUCUCCAAGAAAUUGGUACAGUUCUGGUAAUUAAUUUUUUUUAUAACCUGGUUAAAAUACAGUAUUGACAAUACUGCCUAAUGGGAUUGUUUAAAGAAAAUUGACUGUACCCUUCUAGUCUUUUUUUCCACCUUACUGUCUUAACUGAGUAACAUUUAAUGCACAAUGUACGUGAAUAGAUUUGAUAAGCCCUUCCAUUUUUAUGCUCCUAAAGACUGGACUAUUUUAUAUUUCAGGGCGCACAGAAAACAGUUGUUGGGAGCAUGUGCCAGUUCUGGAAUAGGCUGCGUAUUUAAUAUUAGUCUCUGCUGUCAGGAUAGCUAAUCACUGUGCAGACCUCGGUAAAAACAGACAUGCUUCAUGGACUGAGAAAAUGAGGAAGGAAUGAGUUGUUUGAUGUCACAGUGGGGUCUCUUCUGUGUGGGGUGCAUUUCUGAACACUUUGGGCAUAUGAGCAGUUUUCCAGUGAAUCGGUUUAUGUUUAUUUUUUAAGUUUUGAUGCUGACUUUUUCUUGCAUUGUUUCAUUUAAAUGAUACUGUCACUUGGUCCACUGUUGUUUUCAUUGACAGUUUGGGUUUAUAUUCCAAAUGCUGGACUGAAGGUGUGAUUGUAAAAAGGAGUGGGUUGGUUUUAAAAUACAUGUGUAUUUUUAAAAAUCUUACUUUGUUGUAUGUAGAAAACAUGAAGGCAUGUUACUGCAAUAUGAAUGACCUUUACAUGGAAUAGUGCAAUUGGUUAAAAGUCCAAUAGUUAAAACCUUGGGAAAAAAUAGUUUUUUACAUAUCAGAGCUAAGUUUUAUUGUGGCAUCAUCAAAGUAUGACAUGGGCUUGUUUGACUCUUGUGUAAAUGACAUUUAAGUUCUACAUUCUUAUUACUCAAGCUAUCAUAUACUAACCUGAGAUACUCAGUGAGUGGGGUAUUCCAAAUUGCUAGUUUAUAACUCUUACUAAUGCAGAAAAAACAAAGACAAAAUUGGCCUGAAUAUUCUCUUGGGGGAAGAUCCGCUAAAGAAGAGAGGAAGUGCAUUGAGGGCCGAAGGAGAAGUUGCAAGGCAUUUAGCCCAUUUCCUGUGCUAAGCUAGGCCUGCUCCCUGAGAGCCGCAGAGGUUCCGAGAACGGAGGUGCCCCAGCCCCCCCAGGCAGCCUCUUCCAGCAUGCCUCCCUCGCCCCAGUCUGUCCGCAUAGCCUCUAUGCUGCCACCCGGGCCCAUCCCCUCUUACCCGUUGGCUCAUCCUGUAGGAAACUGAGGAUGCUUUUGUGUGGUCGUCCGUGUCUAGGUGCAGAUGGACAGGUUCCCGCAGGCCCUCAGUGCUGGGUCUGAGUCUGCAGACCUGUCUGAUUUCACUGUGAUGGCUCAUGGGGAGAAGUUUCACUUACGUCUGUUUCGCAUUCUAGCAAACAAGAAUGAAGCCUUCACUGGGAUUAUUUUUAUCACACUUUUUUAAUCCUUUGCUUAACAUUCAGUAUUUUACAAAGUACCCUAAAAAGUUGUUCUGGAUAAUGCGGUUGUUUUAGAGGUAGGAGAGUGUCACUUGGUUCAGGUAUGUUGUACCUAUGUUUAUAAUUAGGGUUUUUUUUAUUAUCUUCCUAUCCUAGAGAAAGGAAACCAUUCCCAGACCAUUUGUGUUAGAGUUGGGAAUACUGUUUUAAAAUGGAUUUUACCUUAAGUCACGGAGCUCUGCAUAAAGAGCUACUCAGAAGUCGGGUGAACACUAACUUCUCUCAUUUCUUUUUCCUAGUCGGAGACAGAUGGUCUGACUCCUCAGUCUGGUGUAAAGCAUUGGGCGGCUCCUCUGCCCCUUGGUCUUUAUUCUCAGUUAAGAAAAACACUCAUCUGUCACUGCAGAGCAUUCAGUCUUUGUGGGCUGUCCAUGUACCCGCACCCGCCCUCGGCAGUUCGUAAUCUCUCUCCCCCCAAAUCUAAAUAGUAACCGAACAAAGAACACGAUUUCUGUCCUUGACAUUCUCUCCCCGCCAGCAGCCUUUCUAGUCCAGCACAGAUUUUUAAAAAAAGUCUUCCAUUAGAGCUUUACUGUUUGCAAAAGCGCUUUGUACAAUGCAACUUGUGAAGUAGGUUUUAGGUUGCUAAUGGUUUUUUAAAAACGAUCAGUAUAUCUUGAAGAACCUUGCUAUUACACCUAGUUGCAUCUCUCUUUUUUUGUUGUUGUUGUUGAACACUUUAAAUUCUUAGUUGGUUCACAGAACAGGAUACAAAGUAGGGCCAGAAAACAGCACUACAGUGUUGUAAGUAUCAGUUUAAAAGUAGACGUUAGAACUAAAUGAUGAUAAUAAGAUUUACAUGGAGAGAAAAGAAGGAAAAAUUCUAUUUUUAAAGAAAAAGAGAAUAUUCAGGCUUUAUUUCUGGUAUGAAGUUUAUAUUUUUUAAAAAAUCCUAUAUUAUCUAUCACACCAGAGACUUGAGAUUUUUUUCUGGUUAAAAACAUUGCUGGUAGUUGGGUUAUAUUUUUACUGUAUUCAUUUCUCUUAGGGGGAAAAUUGUAAAGAAACUAAAAGGUUCCAGAUGAAUGUAUCCUGGAAAUAAAAGUUGAAAGAUUCUUA